AUGGCACCGUUCCUGCGCAUCUCCUUCAACUCCUACGAGCUGGGCUCCCUGCAGGCCGCAGACGAGGCAAGCCAGCCCUUCUGUGCUGUGAGGAUGAAGGAGGCACUCAGCACAGAGCGUGGGAAGACGCUGGUGCAGAGGAAGCCCACCAUGUACCCCGAGUGGAAGUCCUCGUUCGAUGCCCACAUCUACGAAGGUCGCGUCAUCCAGAUCGUGCUGAUGCGAGCCGCGGAGGAGCCAGUGUCCGAGGUGACAGUGGGUGUGUCGGUGCUGGCCGAGCGCUGCAAGAAGAACAAUGGCAAGGCCGAGUUCUGGCUGGACCUGCAACCCCAGGCCAAGGUGUUGAUGUCUGUGCAGUAUUUCCUGGAAGACAUAGAUUGCAAGCAGUCAAUGCGGGGUGAAGACGGGGCCAAGUUUCCAACGAUGAACCGCCGUGGAGCCAUCAAACAGGCCAAAAUUCACUACAUCAAGAACCACGAGUUUAUCGCCACCUUCUUUGGACAGCCUACUUUCUGCUCUGUGUGCAGAGACUUUGUUUGGGGUCUCAACAAGCAAGGCUACAAGUGCAGGCAGUGCAACGCUGCCAUCCACAAGAAAUGCAUCGACAAGAUCAUUGGCCGGUGUACGGGCACUGCAGCCAACAGCCGGGACACCAUAUUCCAGAAAGAACGUUUCAACAUUGACAUGCCACACCGGUUCAAGGUUUAUAACUACAUGAGCCCCACGUUCUGCGACCACUGCGGCAGCCUGCUCUGGGGGCUGGUGAAGCAGGGAUUAAAGUGUGAAGAUUGUGGCAUGAACGUGCACCAUAAGUGCCAGAUGAAGGUGGCCAACCUCUGUGGCAUCAACCAGAAGCUCCUGGCCGAGGCCUUGAACCAAGUCACCCAGAGACCUGCCCGGAGGUCGGACUCCGAGACUGCAGAGACUGUUGGGAUCUACCAGAAUUUUGAGAAGAAGCCAGGAGUCUCUGGAGAUGAUGUCCCAGGAACUGGGACCUACGGCAAGAUCUGGGAGAGCAGCACCAAGUGCAGCAUUGAGAACUUCACCUUCGUUAAGGUCCUGGGCAAAGGCAGCUUUGGGAAGGUGCUGCUCGCAGAGCUGAAGGGCAAAAAGGAAUUCUUCGCCAUCAAGGCCCUCAAGAAGGACGUGGUUCUGAUCGAUGAUGACGUGGAGUGCACGAUGGUGGAGAAGCGGGUGCUGGCGCUCUCCGGGGAGAAUCCCUUUCUCACCCAUCUCUUCUGCACCUUCCAGACCAAGGACCACCUGUUCUUUGUGAUGGAGUUCCUCAAUGGGGGCGACCUGAUGUAUCACAUCCAGGACAAAGGCCGCUUCGAGCUCUACCGUGCCACGUUUUAUGCAGCUGAGAUAGUCUGUGGACUACAGUUUCUACACCAGAAAGGGAUCAUUUACAGGGACCUUAAGCUGGACAACGUGAUGCUGGACCGGGACGGCCACAUCAAGAUUGCUGACUUUGGCAUGUGCAAGGAGAACAUGUUUGGGGACAAACAGGCCAGCACCUUCUGUGGCACCCCUGACUACAUCGCCCCCGAGAUCCUGCAGGGCCUGAAGUACUCAUUCUCCGUGGACUGGUGGUCCUUUGGAGUCCUUCUCUAUGAGAUGCUCAUUGGUCAGUCCCCCUUCCACGGUGACGAUGAGGAUGAACUCUUCGAGUCCAUCCGUGUGGACUCACCGUAUUAUCCCCGCUGGAUCACCAGGGAGUCCAAGGACAUCCUGGAGAAGCUGCUUGAACGGGAUACAACCAGGAGGCUGGGAGUGACAGGAAACAUCAAAAUCCACCCCUUCUUCAAGACCAUCAACUGGGCUCUGCUGGAGAAACGUGCAGUGGAGCCACCCUUCAAGCCCAGAGUGAGGUCCCCUGGAGACUACAGCAACUUCGACCAGGAGUUCCUGAACGAGAAGCCGCGCCUCUCCUACAGCGACAAGAACCUCAUCGACUCCAUGGACCAAACAGCAUUUGCCGGCUUCUCCUUUGUGAACCCCAGAUUUGAGAGGCUCCUGGAAAAUUGA